AAACAGCAGCGAGCGAGAGAGAGAGAGAGAAAAAAAGGCUUAAUUAAUUCAGGCUGGAUGGGAGGGAUGUUGCUUCUGUGCCUGCUGAGGCUCCAGUCAGUGCCUCUGCUGUCGUGCUGCAUGUAGCCGAGUGUUUGUGUGAGCAGAGAAGACGACUCGGCGGCUGCUGCCUGCCUCUCUUUGCCUGCCUCAUUGGGAACCAGACACCAGUCCAGUCUAGCCACGACUCCACAUCCUUGAGCCUGCUGACUGACUGGCAGUCUUUUGGACUGGACUAGCUUGGUCUCUACUAAACGACUAAACAAGGAUGUUACUUGGACUGUAGUGAGAGCAGCAAUGGCCAGAGGACAAAAAAGGGAUUUUUGAUGUGGGCAUGCUGAGAAAACUUGUGCCAUCUUCCGGUGAUCAGGAUCAGUUAGCAGCCUUUGUGGACAGACUUCCCAUUGGUCUCAUUGCUUCAGUGGCUGAACUGGAUCGAGUAGACUAAAAUCCUAUGCUAUUUUAUUUUGUGAUUCAAAGGGACAAAUUAAAUAUCCAGGGAGGGAAAUAUAAACAUCGUCUUCCCUCCCCCACUGUUCAUGUGGCCUCAGUUUUUUCAGCUUGCCCUCCUAUGGUUCUCGUAAAGUAGGAGCGAUGACAUCCCAAAACCUCUUCUUCUCAGUCUUUUUACACAACGUGACCGAAGGAUAGCCAUCAGUUCCCACUGCAGCACUCGUGGACUGACACCAAGAGCUCAGCCCCUGGCUUCAGGCAGCAUGGGAGACAGUAGCUGGGUGUGUCUGAGCCCGGCUGAGUUUAGCCAGCUGCAGCAGUACAGUGAAUACUCCACAAAGAAGCUGAAGGAUGUGCUGGAGGAGUUUCAUGGUGGAGGAGUCCUUUCCAAAUACAAUCCAGAGCAGAAGCAAGACGUUCUCAACCAACCUAUUGACUAUGAGGGCUUCCAGCUCUUCAUGGUGACUUAUUUGGAGAAUGACAUACCAGAAGAGCUUUGUCAACAUCUCUUUACUUCCUUCAAGAGCAAGACGGGAGGCUGUUCUCCAGACCAGUCUCGGGCAGGAACGAGCUUAUUGGAAGCCCGUUCCAUCGAUGCAGGCAUCUCUAUUCAGACCGAAGUGGCCUGUGCUCCCAUUACAGGGAUGAAUGGGAAAAGCAUCCUGUCUGCAAUAAGCCGACACACACCAGAGCACUCCAGUGUGAUGAGCACAGCGGGUUCAGGAGCGACCACCUCCCCUUGUUCAUCUCGUUCCUCUUCACAGCGUUCAGGGACAGGGGCUCACACGCCUGGGGGGCCACACCUAUCACCCUGCACCCGAGUCAAAACCUUAGAAGGCAGCAGCAAUGCCCUGACCCCUAACCCUGGUCCUGCCAAGUCACCAGUCUCCCCUAAGCUUUCACCAGAGAGGACCCACUCUGAGAAGCAUUUGUCACUGCGGAGGAGCCCAUCACCUCAGCGAGCCUCCCCACUGCCAUCACCCCAGGUGGUCUUUCUCAAGGACAUUGUCUGCUACCUUUCCCUGCUGGAGAGGGGGACGCCUGAAGACAAGUUGGAGUUCAUGUUCCGGCUGUACGACACAGACGGCAAUGGGGUCCUGGACAGCUCGGAGCUGGAUCGCAUCAUUAAUCAGAUGGUGCAUGUGGCAGAGUAUCUGGAGUGGGAUUCAACAGAACUACGACCGAUAUUGAAAGAGAUGAUGGAAGAGAUCGACUACGACCGAGAUGGGACGGUCACCUUAGAUGAGUGGAUCAGAGGAGGCCUCACCACCAUCCCUUUACUUGUCCUGCUGGGCAUGGAUACGAAUGUGCAGGAAGAUGGGCAGCAUGUUUGGCGUCUCAAGCACUUCAACAAACCAGCCUACUGUAACUACUGCCAUACCAUGCUGCUCGGAGUGCGCAAACAGGGCCUCUGCUGCUCCUUAUGCAAAUACACAGUACAUGAACGCUGUGUGUCCAAAGACAUCGCUGCCUGCAUCAGCACCUACGCCAAGUCACGCAGACACACCAACGCUAUGCAGCAUGUAUGGAUGGAGGGUAACUCUCCUACCAAGUGCGACCGCUGUCACAGAAGCAUCAAAUGUUACCAGGGCCUCACUGGCCUGCACUGCGUCUGGUGUCAGAUCACUCUCCAUAAUAAGUGUGCAUCUAAUGUGAAGCCAGAGUGUGAUGGAGGAGCCUUGAGGGACCACACUCUGUUGCCCUCGUACAUCUGCCCUGUCGUCUUGGACCGUCAUUCUGGGGUGAAGCGAGGGGAGGGGGAAUCACCUCCCAGCACCAGCCCUGAUGACACCAAUCAGACUUUUAAAUUCUCCCCUGGAGAUGGACAAGCACUCCAGAUAACCCCGCUUCCAGGCACUCACCCACUCCUGGUUUUGGUCAAUCUCAAGAGUGGAGGGAGACAGGGGGAGCGGGUACUUAGGAAGUUCAGGUACCUGCUAAACCCGAGGCAGGUGUACAGUCUGGAUCAAGGAGGGCCGAUGGUAGGGCUCAACUUUUUCCAUGAUGUCCCUGAUUUCCGGGUUCUUGCUUGUGGAGGUGAUGGCACAGUGGGCUGGAUCCUCGACUGUAUAGAUAAGGCCAACUUUGCCAGGCACCCUCCGGUGGCCAUUCUUCCUUUGGGCACAGGGAAUGACCUGGCUCGCUGCUUACGCUGGGGAGGAGGUUAUGAGGGUGGUAGCUUGGUGAAGGUCCUUCGGGACAUUGAGCAUAGCACUGAGGUGGUGUUGGACCGCUGGAAUAUAGACAUCAUCCCUGACGACAAGGAGGAGAAGGGAGAUCCUGUUCCCUACAGCAUCGUCAACAACUACUUCUCUAUUGGAGUGGAUGCCUCAAUCGCCCAUCGCUUUCAUCUGAUGCGUGAGAAGCACCCUGAGAAGUUUAACAGCAGAAUGAAGAACAAGCUGUGGUACUUUGAGUUUGGCACCACUGAGACCAUUUCAGCCACCUGCAAGAAACUAAACGAAUGCAUAGAAGUGGAGUGUGAUGGGAUCAUUUUAGACCUCAGCAACACGUCCUUAGAAGGCAUCGCUGUGCUCAACAUUCCCAGUAUGCAUGGCGGCUCCAACCUGUGGGGGGAGACCAAGAAGAGGAGGAACUAUAACCGCAUGAGCAAGAAGGUUCCUGACAGGAUGCCGGCCAGCACAGUCACAGAUGCCAAAGAGCUCAAGUUUUGCAUGCAAGACUUUAGUGACCAACUGCUGGAGGUGGUUGGCUUGGAGGGGGCUAUAGAGAUGGGGCAGAUCUACACUGGGCUGAAGAGCGCAGGACGCAGGCUGGCUCAGUGCACCAAUGUCACCAUCAGGACGUCCCGACGGCUACCAAUGCAGAUUGAUGGUGAGCCCUGGAUGCAGCCUCCCUGCACGGUCAGGAUCACGCACAAGAACCAGGUGCCCAUUUUACUGGGCCCACCUCAAAAGACGCCUUUCUUCUUCUUCAAGAAACGCAACCGGAGCCGUGAUUAGAACAUAGGCAUUUACACAAAUGAAAAAAACAGACACACACACACAUAUACAGUACAUAUAUACACACACGCCCACUGUACAGGCAGCAAAAUGGGCCAACUGGUACACUGCACACAGUUUGAACACAGGAAUAAAAUACGGACAAGUGGAAAAUUCCUCAUGUUGGGAUGCCUACAGACAAUUGAUUCCCAAAGUAACCUGUACUGAUGGCUAACAAAACAAGAGGACUCUCAGUAUAUAGUACCGACCUACUCCUGUGUAACAAUCAUCCUCCAAGUCUUGUCUCAAACUUUUAAAUAUGGGUUUAGUCUCAGCCACUUUUACAAUUUCUAAGACUCUCAGUCUAAACCACCCCCUGCUCAACAAACUCAGCCAUAUACCAGUACUGCACUGCCUCCUAAACACAACUUUGGCUGCUGGGAUUUCUGCACAGCUCAGAAAAGAAAUAAAGGAAGUAAUUGUGUGGGGAUGGAGGGUGUAAAGGAACCAGCUGGUAUGAUGAGAAAAACUACUACAGUGAAAAACAGGGUUAAAGUGAGAAUGGUAUGGCAGUAGCUGUGGCUGUUUACAAGGUCAGUGAGUAAAUAGAGUAAGAUCCACCUCUUUGUUAUGAAUAAUGAAACAGCGGUUGCUUGUAAGAGCUCGCACUCCAGGAUGUCCCCACAGACUAGCAACACAGUACAGCCAAGGAAAGGAGAGGAGUGGAAAGCCUCAUUCAUUAUUGACUUAUUUUGUUUGUGGAUUGUUCGCAUUGAGGCGUAACAGUGGUCUGGAAUAGGUGGAAACAUGCAGGGAGCUCAGCCUCUUAGCAUGACUGGCCUACAAACAAAAACCCCACAGUAUUCGCAGAUGUGCAGACGAUCUGGAAGUAGACUUCAGGCUGUCUCCAUAUAAACCAACUAGAGACUAGACUAAAAGUAGAGCUUAGAGACACUCUAGUUCAUCUUUGCUUUCUCAGAGAGCUCAUUUGUCAUCUGUGGCUGCACACCAUCACUACGAUAAAGAUCAAAACAACAGCAGCCACUGUGCAUGCUUCUAGAGGACUGGGAUAAAUCCCCUCAAGGGCAUAAGAGCAGGGCCCCUGGGGUUUUUAUUUACCAGAGCAUUGACAAGAGGACUAAAUUUAUCCUUCUAUUUCAGGGAGUGUCUAUCUCUCCUUCACUGAAACCUUACCCUUAAUAACAUGUCAAACAUCAAUUCACAAUGUCAAGUGAGCUGUCAGAGUGCAUAUCCCAGUGCCAGUAGGGCACUACUGCAAGGUGCCAUGUGGUGCGAUUCAUCAUUUGUCAAAACAGAAGGCCGUGUGCCUGAGACGAUGGAGUUCAUUGUUUAAAGAAUGUAACCAUAUUACUGUUCCAACAAAUACGGCAAAGUAUAUUAUAAUUUAUGUGCAGACAAACUAUAUGUAUAUUUCUGGAAAGUAGGUGUAGGUCAUGUAUACUAUACACACAAAUGUGUUUUUAAUAUAUCACUGUUAAUAAUGUGGAAUUUUUAGCUUAGAGGGGCUCAGAUCAGUGUUCUUCACCAUGCAGAGCUGCUGCAGUUGUUCUCUGAAGACAGUUUUCUACACUGAUGCAGAUCGUUACAUUUGAAUCUACUGUCCUGUCGCCUUCACUUCCUAGGUGGUCUUGUACACAGUGAGUAAGGAACAGGGAAAAAUUUCGAUUUUGCACCAUUCAUGGCAAAACGAUCUCAUGGUUCAAAUACUUAGUUUGCAGAGCUUUUACAAUAAUCUUAUAUCAACAGCCGUGCAAUGAAAGCUGAUUGCAUAUCAGAGUAAGAUAAGAUAACCUUUAUUAGUUCCACGCAUGGGAAAUUUGUUUUGUUACAGCAGUGGACAGUGCAAAGUUACAUAGAAAAAAUAGAGAAAAACACUGGAAUAAGAUAUCAAUAAGAUACUAUAGAUCAAUAAAUCUAAAUGAAUAAUGUGAGCUUAUGGCCGAUAUAUUGACAGAAGCAAAUAAAUCAAAAGAAACUGUAGUAUAUAGAAGAUGAAUGUAGCCUCUGGGUCUGACAAGUGAAGUCAAUGCCGAAGUGCCUUAAACCUGAAUUUGGUAUGGUGUCCAGCAGGGGGCGACUCCUCUGGCUUAAAAAGACUUCUGGAAGAAGUCUAUGAGAAAACUGCCCUCAGUCCCCGUGAUUUGUGACAAGAGAUAACCUUUUCCUGAUGACGUUAUGGUCACAGUUGACAGACAAAAGUCUUUUUAAAUACACCAUGA